CUGCAGAUUUCGUUUCAUUCUAUUUAAUUCAGAAAUGUUUUUAAAAGUAUUUUAAUCCCAUAGGAACCCCGCUGAAGAGGACCUGAAGGAGUUUAAAAGACUGAUCCUAUCAGUCAUCAUUCUGCCAAGGAGAAGAAAACUCAAAACUCCGAGCAGCAUGGUCGGAAUGCCGAGUGCUUUAAACUACAGUAGAGAGAAGAAGAGCCCUGCCAUGCCCGGUUCUCCUGUGGAUGCUAAGACUCAUUCCAGAUCAGCCCCCAGCAGCAGCGCCAGCUCCACAAUGCCACCCCUGCCUUCUGUCAACCCCAGUGGCCCUCGCCUGGCCUCCUUUUCCACCACAGCAUUGACCAAUGGGAAUCAUCAUUCCCCGCCAACCCUGAAUGCCGUGCCAUCUCCACCGCAGCGUUACAGCAACGGACCAUCCUCUUCCUCUUCCUCAUCGCUGGCUAACCAGCAGCUGCCGGCCACCUGUGGGGCUCGCCAGCUGAGCAAGCUGAAACGUUUCCUGACCACGCUGCAGCAGUUUGGCAAUGACAUCUCUCCUGAGAUUGGAGACAGCGUCCGAAGCUUGGUUCUGGCCCUUGUGAAUUCGACAGUUACCAUUGAGGAGUUCCAUUCACGGCUUCAGGAGGCCACCAACUUCCCCUUACGGCCCUUUGUUAUCCCAUUUCUCAAGGCAAAUUUACCCCUUCUGCAGAGGGAGCUACUCCACUGUGCACGGGCAGCCAAGCACCCAGCCCAGUACCUGUCCCAGCAUGAGCAUCUCCUGCUAAGCACCACCAUGGCCUCCUCUCCAGACUCCUCUGAGCUGCUGAUGGAGCCUCCUGAUACUGCAACCAAGAGACACAGCCCCAGCAGAGGUAAAGAGAACGGCUUCCAUGAACGUCCGCCCGUAGCCAUGGAGCCCACCGCAAAACGAAUUUGCACCAUCAGCCCCGCUCCCCGACACAGCCCUGCCCACCCGCUGCCCCUCAACACGCAGCUUCACCCGACCCCUCCACCCCUGCAACACUAUGCCCUGGAUGACAUUGCAGCACCACACAUCCUACACCGAGAGCACAGCCAACGCAUGUUGGAGAUCCGUGAGCUCAAAGACAGGCCCAGACUCCCUGGCACUAACGGGGGUUACCGCGAGGAGCCAGUGGACCACAGACUGACAGACCGAGAGUGGGCUGAUGAAUGGAGGCAUCUGGACCAUGUGUUGAACUGCAUUGUGGACAUGGUGGAAAAGACACGGAGGUCAGUGAGUGUGCUCAGACGAUGCCAGGAGUCCGAUCGCGAGGAGCUCAACUACUGGAGACGGCGUUCGAGUGAACAGGAGGACCCGCGCAAAGGAGGCUCAGGCUCCGCUCCCUUCUCCAAGACACAUAGCCCCCACUCUGCAGACUCGGACUCCCAGCGUGACUUUGCUCCACGGCCAGGCUCAGCAUACGUUACAGAUGAGAUCUGGAGAAAAGCUGAAGAGGCGGUGAAUGAGGUGAAGCGUCAGGCCAUGGAUGAGGUCCAGAAAGCAGUAGCAGAGGCUGAACAGAAGGCUUUUGAGAUGAUUGCUGCAGAGAGGGCUAAGAUGGAAAAGACUCUGACUGAGGCAAAGAGGAAGGCUCAAGAGGACGCCAUCUUGGUCAUCAACGAGCAGGAGGAUUCCAGUGAGUGUUGCUGGAAUUGUGGCCGUAAAGCUAGCGAGACGUGCAGCGGCUGCAACGCCGCUCGCUACUGCGGCUCCUUCUGCCAGCAUAAAGACUGGGAGAGGCAUCACCUCAUCUGCAGCCCAGGACUUCAAGCUCAACCAAAACCAGUUUCUGCCAUCACUGCAAACAGGGUCGCCACUGUGGCCUCGGCGGCGGCAGCAGCCGGGGUGUCUCCUCUCGGUCUUGCCGGGGUCAAGGCCCCCGACAGUGUGCCCUCAGUCUCCAGUCCUGGUGGAGAGAAGGCUUCGGUAGCUUCACGCUCCUCCACUCCUUCCACCCCCGCCUUGGCGCCUGAGACCAACGGACACUAGGGGGUGAAGGACAUCAGUGGAGGCCAAUUCACCUGUCCUCUUAAUGGGGAAGAACUGAAUCAGCAGCAAGAAGGAACUAUUUGUGUGUUAAGUUAACAGAUUUUUUUUCAUCAUACUCUUUGCCAGAUAAAAAAAGACAGAUAAUGGAUGACUGUUAUGAAUGAUAUGUCAACUGGGACUUUGGCAUAGAACAGAAGGACUCGUCUCCAAUGCAUCUAUUGGAUGAACAGAUCUCCCUAACAGAUGGAAACGUGUUUGUCUUCGCCCAAAACCCCAAAUCUUCGAUCUGCGAGGCUCAGAAAAAAAAACAACUGACGAUUGAUCUGAAUUUAUCUCUGGCUGCGGGGAGGAAGUAAUGAAAGGAAGGCAUAUGUGAAAACACAGUGGAGAUUAAAAAAGGGAGGUAUAAAGACGCCUCCCCCUCGACCCAAUAUUCUUACUUUGUUGUGUAUAAAUGUAAGAUAGGGAGGUGGAGGUGGUGGUGGUGGUGGAAAAUGUAAACCGUGUAAUAGUACCAGCCAUAAAGCCGUCUGUCUUCGUCCUGUAGGAAAAGUCUGACAGCAGACCACAUAGUCGUCUGUGCAGCUCUCCUGUAUACAUACAUAUUUGCUUGCCAACUUCUUGUAAGGUUUUCAUAUGUAUGAAUGUGUGUGUCAAAUGGUGGUGCCGUCAGUGGAUAUUGUACAGCAUAUGAUUUACUUUUGUCAAAGCAAUAUUAAAGUGAAGUGUUCAGGUAUCUCAAGCCGUUUCUGCAUCACCAAAGUUUUCAGUCGCUAAAGAGAGUUGUUGUCAUUGCCUGUUAACUGUCUCUUGUGAACAAGAGAUGAUUAUACAUACCCUACAUUAUUAUAAUGAGCUUAACAAGGUAAUCUGGUCACUGUUUUUCCAUUUCUGAUCAAAUGGCAUCUUCAAAGAAAAAAAUAUAAAGGUGAUGGUGAUUGGCUCAAGUAAGUGCAGGGAGAUGCAGUUAAGACUUUCUUCUGGUUGCAGUUUAAUUCUUUGGCACUUGUUCACAUCACCAGUUGUGUAUGGCAGGGUCAGAUGUUGCUCCAAAGCUUCCACCAUUGCAAUAAUUGCAUCAGGUCACAGGAGUGGGUUAUAAUACAGCUUUUUUUAAAGUAGUGAUUUCAACAAAAGGAGCGAUAAGGGAUGACAAAUGAAAUCCAUUUCACUUUGAAGGGAGAAAAUUCUCACUGGUGCUUGCAUUGCCGUGGAGUGGGUUUGGAGCAACGACUCUGUCCCACAGAGAAUCUCAGGAGCUAAAGCGUAUUUGUAUGUACAGAUCAUUCUGUCCUUUUUAUUUUUAUUUUUUAUUUUUUCUCUUCUGUCACAGUUAGGUUCAAGUCAAAAGUUUAGUGAGGAACUUUGAUUUAUCGUACUCUGCUGUUGCAACUGAGAUGUUGUUCUUGUUUUUGUUCGUUGUAAUUGUUCGUUGUAAGAUGACUUUGUAAAGAAUAUUAUGAGAGGAUGCCUUUAUUUUGUGAGCCACAAUUUUCUUCGUUCUUUAAACACGUUCUUUUGUUAUGAGGCAUAUCUUCAUAUGAAAAGAUAUCUUGACAUGAAGUAUGAAAUAAAGAAAUUGCUUCUAAAUUGUU